GCUUUCUCUUCUUUGUCCUGUUCAGGUAUUUUCGGAAGUUUUUUCACAUUAGGUCAGUGCCCAGAGGAAGUGAGUGGACGGAGUGACAUGGCAAGUAGAGGUGGAGCCACACGACCCAAUGGGCCAAAUACAGGCAACAAGAUUUGUCAGUUCAAACUUGUGCUAUUAGGAGAGUCAGCGGUGGGAAAGUCAAGUCUCGUACUGCGUUUUGUCAAGGGACAGUUUCAUGAAUUCCAAGAGAGCACGAUCGGAGCCGCCUUCCUGACUCAGACAGUAUGUUUGGACGACACAACAGUCAAGUUUGAAAUCUGGGACACAGCUGGUCAGGAGCGCUACCACAGUCUGGCCCCCAUGUACUACAGAGGAGCCCAGGCAGCCAUCGUGGUCUAUGACAUAACAAAUGAGGAGUCAUUUGUACGGGCAAAGAACUGGGUUAAAGAGCUUCAGAGACAAGCCAGUCCAAAUAUUGUAAUAGCCCUGGCUGGGAACAAGGCUGAUCUCGCAAACAAGAGAGCACUGGACUUCCAGGAUGCACAGUCAUACGCAGACGAUAACAGUUUGCUUUUCAUGGAAACGUCAGCAAAGACCUCUAUGAACGUGAAUGAGAUUUUCAUGGCCAUUGCAAAGAAGCUACCCAAGAACGAGCCUCAAGCCGCCGGCGCCAGCAGCGGGCGGAGCAGGGGAGUGGACCUGACAGAGACGGCUCAGCCCACCAGCCGUCCCUGCUGCAAUAACUAACCCAGCUCUUCCUGUUCAUCCUCCCCCCCGCUCCUCACCCACACCCACCCCCACACACACCCCUCCACUCUGCUCCCUCUGGACAUCGGGCUCCUCGGCUCGCCGACGUCAGACCUGACCCUCAACCUCACUCCCCUGGAUUAGCUAAAAGACUCUGUAUAGCUGCAUUUCUAAUACCUUUUUCGUUGAUGUUCCUUUUUUCUUUUUUUUAAACUUUUUUUAAAGAAGUGUAUAUCAGUAUAAUGGAUGCAUGUAUCACUACAACGCCUAAAACACACAGUUUUGUUUCUUAUUACGUAGGAAGACUAAUCCCAUUUGAGAAAAGCAUGAGUGAGUGAGACGCCCGUGAACGUGGGAUCAUGUGUGUGAGCGACUCGCGGAUGAGACGGCGUGGCCUCGUUUGUCGCUUCACAGGGUCGAAUUGUGAUGCCUGUAAUACUCGUAGUGUGCGGCUUAACUUUUUGCUCACGUUCACAAGGAAACCGUGUUGUUUAUUUUGAGAGGCCCGACUGUCUCCGACUGUGUCCAGACGGUGCCGGAGGAAGGACUGUCACGCAAACGCAGAACCCCUCCCUCCUCACGUGUGUGUUACUCGAGACAACAUCCAGGCUCCAAGUGGAGAAGUGGAAAACCAAUUUAGCGCUCUCCAGUUUUUAAAAAAAGUUGGAAAUGCACAAAAAUGUACUUUGAGAAAAUAUUAGAAAAGCAGCCUUGAUAUGUCAGACUCCCUGUUUUGCGCGAGAAGUCCAAUAGUUUAUGAAACAAAUUAGAAUCUGUAGAGGAGCCGUGCGUUCCUGUCACUUUGCCACACAUCACACUUAACCACGGUCUCUCCGUGGCGUGGAAAACACGGGAGUUUAGACGUGUGAGAAAUCAGGAAGCGACACCUCCAGGCCAAAAUGACACUGGUAUGACAAGAUGUUUAAAUUCAGCUUUGCUAUUCAAUGGAAGCUUUCAUGCUGCAGCAUCUCGGAGUCCGUCACAGAGAAGCCCGUGUCGGCUCUGACACUGAUCUGGCUUCACAUUAAAAAAGAAAAUCGACAGGAAACUGUUGAGCAUCCUGCGUAGUGAGUCAUCCUGCAGAGACUCUAACACUCGAUACCAUGUCAAACUCCUGUUUCGAGGACAGCACACAAACAGAAAAUUGGACGAUCCAUUGUCUCGAGUCUGUGGACAAACUAUACUCUAAUGUUGUUACAGGGUGCAAUGUCUUCUUCCUCCGUUAGUACAGCUUGCAUAGCUCACCGGGAAAUUUAUCUAGAGAUUCCGAACAAUUGUACAGUUCAAUAUCAGUCUGCUUUGGGGUUUAUUUUUUAUUUUAUUUUCUUUAAUUUUAUUUUUUAUUGUAGACCUUGUCACAAACUGGUCAAAUGUUAAGCAGUGGUGGUCUUUCUAGGUAUGUGUAGUGUUAUUAACAAAAUCCCUCUGUGGUGUCUUGUUACUUUUCUCAGAAAUGGUCCAUGGUCAUGUUUGAAAGGAACUUUUAUUGCAUUGCACAGUGUUGAUCAUGUUUUAAUUAAUGAUGACUGCCCUUCGAUUUUAUAUGACAGACUGUAUUGGACUUGCUAACCUACGACUAUAAACAGGUAGCGUAAUUAACCUGACUGGUGGUCUCUCUCUCUCUCUCUUACAGCUCAAUGAAUUUUAAUAAUGUAAAACAGCAUUACUAGUGAUGGGCUGAUCAGUUUUGAGUGUCUGAAUACAACUUAAUAAAUUCGAUAAAGAGA